GGACAUGGCUCUGCUCAAAGGAGAGUUCCCGCAGCUGCAGAGUCGUAUGUGCUCGGUGCUGCGUCUGGAGGUGGAGGUCGUGCGCUUCCUCAAAGAAGAACCUCUCAAGAUGGACUCCAUGUUGUCCCGAAUCAGGAACCUGACGGAAGAACUCAGCUCCCUGCACCGGAGUGUGUCGGAGUCGUUCGUUCAGGCCAAAGACGAGCAGGGUUCCCCCAGACCCCUGCCCCGCUCCUCCUUCAGAACCCCACAAACCAGCUCCGACUCUGGGGAAACUCAGACGGGACCAGCCUCUCCUGUGACCCGGAGAUCCACAACCUCCACACCACAAAACACCAACACAACUACAGAGGAAACGACAAGGAUUCCUCCAGACGGCAGCAUGAGCCCGGACUCAAACCAGACCAAACCAGACCAAACCAGGACCAACCAGGACCGGCCCGAGUCCUCACAGUCCCAGCUGAACCAGUCUCUCCAGGAUCCCCUCACCUCCAGAGAAAGUCCGACCCAGGACCCAGAGACUUCGCCAGUUGGAUCAGGAGCAGAGCAGAAGUCCACACAGGCUCAAGACUCCAAACAUAAAGAUGAUUCUGGUGUUUUCAAAAGACCCGACAGACCGUCACAAAAUAAAUCCAGCAGAGCCAUCACGACGUCUCCUCCUCCUCAAAGGUCUGCGGUCGGCUCCAGCGUCACAAACACAAAAUCUGUGGAGGCCAAAGAAGCAGCUGGAGCUCCGGUGGAGCGAGAGAAAGUGCAGGUGACCAAACCUCCACGACAGCCUCCAGAAGUCAAACCCAAACCCCCCAAAAGUGCAGCAGCUCUGACGGGGAACGCAAGCUUCAACCACUGCCCCAAAACCACCGCCACUACUACUACUACAAAUACUGCAACAAGUACUUCAAAUACUGCUACAAGUACUUCAAAUACUCCUACUGCGACACCAGACAGCAGCAAGGAGGAGAACAACAACACGGCAGAGGUGAAAGUUCACGCAUCUCUCCGAGCUUCACCACUGGAGCGUUCGUGUGUAACUUAUUCGGAAAACCACCACGACCAACAAAAACAACCGCCGACUCAAAACACGACUGUGCUGAAGCCACCGUCAAACCUGCAAACCCACGUAAAACACGUCUCCACGGAUCAGACGCAGCAAAACGGCCGAAGCGCAGCGAGUUCAGAUCAAAAUAUUAUGGAAAACAGUGUCGUUACUCAAACCGACAGCGCCUCUCUGCCCGUUUUACAAAGAUACGCCGCAAACAUCGUCUCACUGGAGCAGAUAAGCGAAAAAUUUAACCCCAGAGACAAUUCCACGACUUCGGAUACGUCAAGUUUACACGAAAAUGGAAGCGGCUCUCCAACCAAAACGCCCGAGCAUGAAAACGGGAAUUCCAGCGGCUCCAAUCCGGCGUUCGACAGCCAGGGAUUUGACGACUUCUGCACCGAUUUCUCCCGAGAACCUUUCAUCGUCGUGUGGAACGAAGCUAUCGACAUCGAAGCCGCGUUCAACAGACUCUCGACGAUUUUCGAAUGCGAGGAGGAGCUGGCCAAGUCGCGCGAGAGCGUCUUGAACGAAGACGAGGGCGACGCGAAAAUCAGCGCGCCGGUCCAGUUCACGUUCCACGGCGACUCGAAGGAAGACGCGCAGGUGAAGAAGUCGGACGGCAAGAAGAAGUUCAAGCUGAAGUUCCCGAAGAAUAAGCUGGCGCAGAUUAGUCGCGCCAUUCGAACGGGGAGCGGCAAGAAAGCGAAGAAGCACGACGAAACGGACGGCAACAGGCAGGAAAACAAAAAGAUGCAGAUUUCUUCACCAAGGCCGAAAAAACAAGCGAAAGAACUUUGUAAAAACACGCUGGAGUCGAUAGACAGUCUGGAGGCGUCGAUCAAACAGCUGGAGAUCAGCGUGGACAGCUUUGGCGUCGCUUCCUCGCCGCCCGAUCCCGGUUUGUUGGAGGGUUCGGAGCGGAGCAAAAGACCCGCCCCUCUGAUCCAAAAGGACUCGCAGCCCCCGCAGAGGAAGAGGCCCAAACAGGGGAGAGGAGAACAGACUCUUCUCUCCAGACCUCCUCCUCCUCCUCGUCCUUCCUCUGAUCCUCAGGUUUCUCCUCCAGACUUGACUUUAUCUCCUCAGAUUUCCCACCGGAAGAGACCCGGCUCCGGCUCCGGUCCUGCCCCCGGCUCCGGCUCCCGCAGUGACCAGGUGUCUCCGGUCUCGCCCUGAGUCUCGCCCUCGGACUCUUCACGCUUCACGCGGCUCCACUUUUGAAAACCCAGGGACUUUCGCCUCAGAGCUUCAGUAUUCUUUGUGUCUGUAAACUUAAAGGUGCACUGCGGAACUUUUCUGCCGGAGCGUCCGUGGAGAUGUCCCUGCUGCUCACGUUACAUCUCAAUAAUAUAAUAUAAACAACACUCGGAAUUUAAGUUUUGUCAGCAGAGGCGGGGCUUACGAGUCGUGACCUGGACUCGAGUCACUAUGUUUACGACUUGGGACUCGACUGGAUAAACUGGACUAAGACUUGGGACUUUGACUCGAAGGUUACUACAACUCUUAUAUAAACAUGUAUAAAUGUACUGUGAGUUUUUAAGAACAAUUUAGUUUAAAAUUCAUAUAAAUUGCAAAAAUCUAAACUCUAUUUGGUGCUUUUUUGGUUUAAAGACUUGAAAUGACUUGAAGCUCAAAGCAGACGACUUGGACUUGACUUGGACUUGACUUGGACUGGACUUGAACUUGACUUGGACUCAUGGGCCAGUGACUGAAGACUCGACCUGGACUUGACUUGGACUUGUGGGCUAGUGACUCAACUUGGACUUGACUUGGACUCGAUUUGGAUUCAUGGGCCAGUGACUCGAGACUCGACUUGGACUUGACUUGGACUUGUGGGCUAGUGACUCAACUUGGACUUGACUUGGACUCGAUUUGGAUUCAUGGGCCAGUGACUCGAGACUCGACUUGGACUUGACUUGGACUCGAUUUGGAUUCAUGGGCCAGUGCUCCAGAAUGGACUUGGACUUGACUUGGACUUUUGGGCCAGUGACUCAAAACUUGACUUGGACUUGACUUGGACCCAAUUUGGGCUCAUGGGCCAGUGACUCGAAACUCGACUUGGACUUGACUUGGACUCGAUUUGGACUCAUGGGCCAGUGACUCGAGACUCGACUUGGACUCGACUUGGACUUGACUUGGACUUGACUUGGACUUGAAUUGGACUUGACUUGGACUUGACUUGGACUUGACUUGGACUCAUGGGCCAGUGAUUCGAGACUCAACUUGGACUUAUGGGACAUUGACUUGAGACUUUACUUGGACUCGACGUGGACUCAUGGGCCAGACUUGACUUGGACUUACCUGUAUUUGACUUGGGCCUUGACUCGGACUUCAGGUCAAAGACUUGAGACUUGCGACUUGUUUCCACCUCUGCUUUAUGUUUAAUGCCAUAAAUUGGGACAUUCCGAGUAAAGCAGUAUUAUCUCCACGGAGACCAGCUCUUUGACGACCCCCCCUCCCCCCGACCUGAAAAGUUCCGUAGUAGUGUUUUAAAAUGUCAUUAAAGCUGCACUGACUCAUCUGGAAUUAUUUAUUUUUGGACGUAAAGACGUGUAAAAUGUGUAAAAAAAAAAUGUUUUUAAAGGUGCAUCGUGUAACGUUUCUGUUGCUUUGUCUGUCUCUAAUGUUUCACAGUGUGACAUUAAACCUUUCUGUCGUCAUGGAAACCAAACCAGACCACGUUACAGGUCAGAUCUGUGGAGAGGCGACGCCGCUCACAGUCACAAUGUUUGUUUUUCUCUGUAUUUUUGAGCUGUAAAACCAACUUUAACUGAAUAAACGUUAAGGUAAAUUUGUUUAAAAAAGGUGACGGACCCCAAACGAAAAGUUACACAGUGCACCUUUAUGUUUAUGUUUACAUCUGUGGUACAAAUCAGUAUAUUUUUAACCAAAUUAAGUCUAUAAUCUUUCCUCAAACGUGUAAUAAAAUGCAAAUGUGUUUGUGUAUUUGACCCGAUGAAACGUCUAUGCAAAUCUGCUGUAACUCUGUCAAAUAACAAGAAUACAAGAAUAAC